AGUGAAGAAAGCAUUUUGAGAGUAGAUUCUUUUUUCUCUUUAGCGUUUGGUAAGGGUGCCUAUAUUUAUUCUGCAUUCGUCCUCGAUCCUUAGGCGGAGAUUUCAAACACAACUUCGCUUAUUAAAUCUCUUCUUCCAAUUCCUUCUUUCAUUCAUUCCCAGGCUGAGAUGGCAGCGGCACCAGCAGCUACCUUCACUAUUGGAACCACCGGUUCCCUAGGCCAAAGAGGAAACUCGCUUCCUCAAUUAAAGUCUUCUGGGUUGAAAUUCAACUCCCAGAAUCAUUUGAAGAGCUUCUGCGGCCUCAAGGCCAUGUCAUCCGUGAGAUGUGAGUCAGAAUCGUCUUUCUUGGUUAACAAAACUGGUGCUGCUCUGCGGGCGUCUUUUGCAUCCAAGGCUCAAAAGGAAAACGACCAAAACUUCAACUACAACUCGCAGCCUCAGGCUUCGUACAAAGUUGCAGUUCUUGGUGCUGCUGGAGGGAUAGGUCAGCCACUCGCGCUUCUCAUCAAGAUGUCGCCUCUAGUUUCCGACCUGCAUCUCUAUGAUAUUGCGAAUGUCAAGGGAGUUGCUGCUGAUAUCAGUCACUGCAACACCCCCUCACAAGUCAGGGAUUUCACUGGAGCUUCUGAGUUGGCGAAUUGUUUGAAGGAUGUGAAUGUUGUUGUCAUACCCGCCGGUGUUCCAAGGAAGCCUGGCAUGACUCGUGAUGACCUUUUCAACAUCAAUGCCGGCAUAGUCAGGGACUUGGUUUCUGCUGUUGCGGAUAAUAGCCCUGAUGCUUUUAUUCAAAUCAUCAGUAACCCUGUGAACUCUACCGUGCCUAUUGCCGCAGAAGUUUUGAAACAGAAGGGUGUGUAUGAUCCUAAGAAGCUCUUUGGUGUUACCACACUGGAUGUUGUGAGGGCAAACACAUUUGUUGCUCAGAGGAAGAACCUUAAGCUGAUUGAUGUUGAUGUCCCCGUUGUUGGUGGGCAUGCCGGGAUUACCAUUCUUCCUCUGUUGUCAAAGACAAGACCCUCAGCGAGUUUCACUGAUGAAGAAAUUGAGGAGUUGACUGUCAGGAUUCAAAAUGCUGGAACUGAAGUUGUUGAAGCAAAGGCAGGUGCAGGGUCUGCUACCUUGUCAAUGGCGUAUGCAGCAGCUAGAUUUGUUGAAUCGUCUCUUCGUGCCCUUGAUGGAGAUGGGGAUGUGUAUGAGUGCUCAUAUGUGGAAUCAGAUUUGACUGACCUUCCAUUCUUUGCUUCAAGGGUGAAGCUUGGUAGGAAAGGAGUUGAGGCAUUAAUUCCAUCUGACCUCCAAGGGUUGACUGACUAUGAGCAGAAGGCUUUGGAAUCACUUAAGCCAGAACUCAUGGCCAGCAUAGAGAAGGGGAUUGCUUUUGCUCAGAAGCAAGCUGUUGCUGCUUAAUUUUUUUUCAACGGGUGGUUUCUUGGGUUAUGGAUUUAUUUUUAGCACAAAUACUACUUAGAGAACUUAGGUUGCGGAUUUGUUGUAGCAUCUUUACUGCUUCCAGAACUUAGGAUUCAAACUUUCUAUAGUAUCAACUAUCAAUUCUACUUCCAGUUUUGUUAGUAGAACGGGACGGAGCUUCCAUUUCUGUUCUCUAUACAGAGCUUAGGUUUUGGUCGAAAAUCUUCAAAGAUGUCACCAUUAUAAUGUAGAAUUGGAAAACGUAAAAGUUGUUUUUGAAUAAUAUGGCAACUAGACCAGUUUUUGGUUUUUUGCUGAA